AUGGCUGCCCCAGGCGCUGCAGGCCCUGACUGCUCUUCUGUCAUCGAUCACAGUCAUGUCCCUCAAUUUGAGGUGGCCACGUGGAUCAAAAUCACCCUCAUUCUCGUCUACCUGUUUAUCUUCGUGAUGGGCAUUCUGGGGAACAGUGUCACCAUUCGAGUGACCCGGGUGCUGCAGAAGAAAGGCUACUUGCAGAAGGAGGUCACAGACCACAUGGUGAGCCUGGCUUGCUCGGACAUCUUGGUCUUCAUCAUUGGCAUGCCCGUGGAGUUCUACAGCAUCAUUUGGAACCCGCUGACCACGCCUAGCUACACCGUUUCCUGUAAGCUUCAUACUUUCCUCUUCGAGGCCUGCAGCUAUGCCACGCUGCUACAUGUGCUGACACUCAGCUUCGAGCGCUACGUGGCCAUCUGCCACCCGUUCCGGUACAAGGCCAUGUCUGGGCCCUUCCAGGUGAAGCUGCUGAUCGGUUUCGUCUGGAUCACUUCAGUCCUGGUGGCUUUGCCUUUGCUGUUCGCCAUGGGAGUGGAGUACCCCCUGUUGCAUGUACCUAGCCACAGAGGUUUGGCUUGCAACCGCUCCCGCACUCGCCACCACGAACAACCUGAGCAAUCCAACAUGUCCAUCUGCACCAGUCUCUCCAGCCGCUGGACCGUGUUCCAGUCCAGCAUCUUUGGAGCCUUCAUCAUUUACCUGGUGGUCCUGGUGUCAGUAGCCUUCAUGUGCUGGAAUAUGAUGCAGGUGCUAAAGGGGAACAAACAGGGCACGUUGGUCUGGAAGGGACAGCAGAUGAGGAAGUCGGAGAGUGAGGAGAGCAGGACGGCCAGGAGGCAGACCAUCAUCUUCCUCAGUGAGUUCUGUGGGAGGGGAAAACUGGGGUUUCCCCACUGGCCCCAGCGCGAUACUGGUUCAUCACAACUUGUGCCUUGA